AUGGGCUCAGCUAAUCCAGGCCGUUCCUGCGCUGCGGGCACAGCUUCUGCUCAGAACCGAGGGAUGGGCUCAGCUAAUCCAGGCCGUUCCUGCGCUGCGGGCACAGCUUCUGCUCAGAACCGAGGGAUGGGCUCAGCUAAUCCAGGCCGUUCCUGCGCUGCGGGCACAGCUUCUGCUCAGAACCGAGGGAUGGGCUCAGCUAAUCCAGGCCGUUCCUGCGCUGCGGGAACAGCUUCUGCUCAGAACCGAGGGAUGGGCUCAGCUAAUCCAGGCCGUUCCUGCGCUGCGGGCACAGCUUCUGCUCAGAACCGAGGGAUGGGCUCAGCUAAUCCAGGCCGUUCGUGCGCUGCGGGCACAGCUUCUGCUCAGAACCGAGGGAUGGGCUCAGCUAAUCCAGGCCGUUCCUGCGCUGCGGGAACAGCUUCUGCUCAGAACCGAGGGAUGGGCUCAGCUAAUCCAGGCCGUUCCUGCGCUGCGGGCACAGCUUCUGCUCAGAACCGAGGGAUGGGCUCAGCUAAUCCAGGCCGUUCGUGCGCUGCGGGCACAGCUUCUGCUCAGAACCGAGGGAUGGGCUCAGCUAAUCCAGGCCGUUCCUGCGCUGCGGGCACAGCUUCUGCUCAGAACCGAGGGAUGGGCUCAGCUAAUCCAGGCCGUUCGUGCGCUGCGGGCACAGCUUCUGCUCAGAACCGAGGGAUGGGCUCAGCUAAUCCAGGCCGUUCCUGCGCUGCGGGCACAGCUUCUGCUCAGAACCGAGGGAUGGGCUCAGCUAAUCCAGGCCGUUCGUGCGCUGCGGGCACAGCUUCUGCUCAGAACCGAGGGAUGGGCUCAGCUAAUCCAGGCCGUUCCUGCGCUGCGGGAACAGCUUCUGCUCAGAACCGAGGGAUGGGCUCAGCUAAUCCAGGCCGUUCCUGCGCUGCGGGCACAGCUUCUGCUCAGAACCGAGGGAUGGGCUCAGCUAAUCCAGGCCGUUCGCCGUUCCUGCGCUGCGGGCACAGCUUCUGCUCAGAACCGAGGGAUGGGCUCAGCUAA